AUGGGUAAACUUACAUAUCUGAUACACGAUUUGAUGUACUUGCGACACAGUUACUACUACGAUAUUCAGUUGUAUGAUUUACUCCCACCUCAGAAAAAGAAGAGACCAAACAAGGGACAACAAGACGCGCAUAUGGUGACUUUGGACUACACCUCAGGCAAAAUAGUGCCCAUUUCAGCUUUUCUUCUCUUACAAUCAGAUACCACAAGUUCCAACAUGCAGAUGAAUCAAGGUGUAUACCCUCCCAUAUGGUCACCACCUUUAUCAUCCAUUCCCAACACUUUGCCUCAAAUCUUUCAGAACUCUGGUUACCCAUUCCAAGGGGUUAUGGUUCCAGUGGUUAACUUUGACCAUGAGUUUUCAGUCCCAUGUGGUUCUUUACCAUUUGAGACUCAGAAUGCACAAUAUGCGUCACCUACAUGGUACAACAGUCCCAUUAGUCCACCCCCACAAGCAGCAACUAUAUACAAUGCAGUUAAAGAUAAGACAGUGGAAUUAGCAGGAAAUGGAGAAGUGAGCUCGGGUGACCCAGUGAUACUACAAGAUGAAAUCAAAUUUGCACAAUACGAGCAUAUAGAUAUUGAUUUGAUAACAUGGAGCACACUACUAAUGAUAAGUUUGAACAAAAUGUAUGGAUUGAUUGGAGAAUCAUCGCCAUUUGAAACACAGGUAAAGGUGUCCUCAAAGUCAAUAAUACUCAAGAUACAACCAGAGGACAGGGAAAAGUUUAGCAACAGUUUAUUGAGCUACACUUUCAACUUGAACAAGUACACAGAUAUGGAUUUAAACUGCUGCAUAAAGAUCAAGAAACGGGGAUAUUCUGUGGGAAAAGUGAUAUGA